GGUGGAGGACUUUUUCACUGCCGUGUGUCGCUAGUAGAAGUUAGAUUUAUGAGUAUUUUAAACGGUUUUAACGGAACGGCUCGUAGGACACAUGUAAAAAACAACUGAAAUGUUGUAAUUCGGCACUACACUUAACGUUUGCUUAUUUUUUGUGCGACCCGUUUCCAUCGAUACUUUUUUUUGAGAAGUAACCGUCCCGGAGACAACUCAACUUUGGGCUGGCGACCUUAUGUGGAUUUUACAGAAAAUAUGGAGCAGAUCCCCGGUUUCUCCUCGGGCAAAUCACUAGUCUUUGUCUUCUGCUUCAUUCACUUCUCUCUGGCUCUGCAGUGUAUGGAUGAUAAGGCGCCUUGUGUUAACAACGCUACGUGUCUGACCUUUAGUAAUGGCACCGAAUACUGCAGGUGUGCACCAGGCUUUCUGGGUGAGUACUGCCACCAUAAGGAUCCUUGCCAACCUGGCUACUGCCUGAAUGGAGGGAACUGCUCUGUGUCCAUGUCAGCUGGUGUACCUGUGCCGGGCAGCGCCACAUGCAUCUGUCCUCUUGGCUAUACCGGACAACACUGCCAAACUCCCCAGAACUCGACAUGUUACCCCAACAACCCCUGUGCCAACAGAGGUGUCUGCACCCUGCUGUCCCUCGACAAAUACAAGUGCGAGUGUGCCAGAGGAUGGGCAGGGCCACGAUGUGAGCAUGAGGACAGCUGUCUCUCUAGCCCUUGUGCCAACGCUGGAACGUGCAGUUCUCUGUCUGGUGGUAGCUACACAUGUUCCUGUCCUCCUGGCUACACAGGUCCUCGAUGCCUUAAUGACACAAAUGAAUGUGCUGCCACACCCUCUAUAUGCCAGAAUGAAGGAGUAUGCGUCAACAACCCUGGCUCUUACAAGUGUAUCUGUGCCCCGGGGUUUACUGGCAGACACUGUGAAAGCUCGUACAUUCCUUGCUCACCUUCACCAUGCCUCAAUGGAGGCACCUGCCACCAGAACUCUGAAACCAGCUACUCGUGCCACUGCCUGCCAGGUUUCAAUGGGACUAACUGUGAGAACAACAUUGACGACUGCCCCGGUCAUCAGUGUGCCAAUGGAGGAACCUGUAUGGAUGGAGUCAACACCUACAACUGCCAGUGCCCUCCAGAGUGGACUGGCCAGCACUGUACAGAAGACGUGAACGAGUGUCGCCUGCAGCCAAACACUUGCCAGAACGGAGGUACCUGCAGCAACCUGAUCGGCAGCUAUGUCUGUGUGUGCGUUAAUGGGUGGAGUGGGCCCGACUGCUCCGAGAACAUCGAUGACUGUGCUACAGCGGCUUGCAGCCCUGGCUCCACAUGCAUCGACCGCGUUGCAUCUUUUGUCUGUCUCUGCCCCCAUGGAAAGACAGGACUGCUAUGCCAUAGAGAUGACGCCUGCAUCAGUAACCCCUGUAGAGAGGGUUCUCAGUGUGACACCAACCCCAUCAGUGGCAUGUUCAACUGUAACUGUCCACCUGGAUAUGUAGGCAGCACCUGCAACAUCGACAGAGACGAGUGCAGCAUUGGUACCAACCCUUGUGAGCAUGGCGGUCAGUGUGUGAACACUGAUGGCUCCUUCACCUGUAACUGUGUUAGGGGCUAUGCUGGUCCGCGCUGUGAACAAGAUGUCAACGAGUGUGCUUCAAACCCCUGCCAGAACGAUGGCACAUGUCUGGAUCGCAUCGGGGACUACACCUGCAUCUGCAUGCCCGGAUUUGAGGGGACUCACUGUGAGAUAGAGGUGAAUGAAUGUCUCAGCUCCCCCUGUCUGAACCAGGGUAAAUGUCUGGACCAGGUCAACCGCUUUGUCUGCGAGUGCCCAGCAGGCUUCAGUGGUGAAAUGUGCCAGAUAGACAUAGACGAGUGUUCCAGCACACCCUGUUUAAAUGGAGCCAAGUGUAUCGACCGACCAAAUGGAUAUGAUUGUGAAUGUGCUGAAGGCUUCACCGGUCUACUUUGUGAGGAGAACAUCAAUGACUGUGUACCAGAGCCAUGCCACCAUGGCUUGUGUAGAGAUGGCAUUGCCACCUUCUCCUGUGAGUGUUAUCCUGGAUACACAGGCUCCAUCUGUAAUAUCCAGGUCCAGGAGUGCCACAGCAACCCUUGUCAGAACAGAGGACGCUGCAUUGACCUGGUCAAUGCCUACCAGUGUAACUGCCCACCGGGAACCACAGGGGUGAACUGUGAAAUCAAUGAAGAUGACUGUGCCAGCAACCCCUGUGAGUACGGAGAGUGCCAGGAUGGCAUCAAUGAGUACAAAUGUGUGUGCGCCCCAGGAUAUGCAGGAGUUAAAUGUGAUGUGGACAUCAAUGAGUGCAACUCAAACCCGUGUAUGAGUGGGGGAACCUGUGUGGACAAGGUCAACGGCUUCCACUGCCUGUGCCCACCAAGCACCCAUGGCCCUCUGUGCCUCUCUGGGACCGACCACUGUGCUCCUCAGCCUUGUGUGCAUGGAGAAUGUAUUGAACAGCAACAUGGGUACCGUUGUGAGUGUGAAGCCGGCUGGGUGGGACAACACUGUGAGCAGGAAAAGGAUGAGUGCCAGGCCAGCCCGUGCCAAAAUGGUGGCACCUGUGUGGACCGACAUAACGGCUACACCUGUCAGUGCCAACCUGGAUUCAGAGGUGUGAACUGUGAGAAGAACAUAGAUGAGUGUGCAUCUGGACCCUGUCUGAACAAUGGCAUUUGUAUAGAUGGAGUCAACAGUUACUCCUGCCAGUGUAGUCCGCUGUUCACAGGGAAGCACUGUGAGGUGGAACAGGUACCCUGUGCCUCUCAGCCAUGUGAGAGGGGAGGAGUGUGUCGUCCAUCUGCAGACUACACCUCUUACACCUGUCGAUGUCCUGCUGGCUGGCAAGGUACACGCUGCAAUGAGGAUGUGAAUGAAUGCAAAAAGAACCCUUGCAAAAAUGGUGGUCGAUGCAUGAACAGCCCGGGCAGCUACACGUGUAAAUGUCAACCUGGAUACAGCGGACACAACUGUCAGACAGACAUUGAUGACUGCUCACCCAACCUAUGCCUGAACGGAGGCUCCUGUGUGGAUGAUGUUGGGAGCUUCUCCUGCGACUGCCGCCCAGGUUUUGAAGGGGAGCGCUGUGAGAUUGAGGUAGACGAGUGCGCCAGCCAGCCCUGCAGGAAUGGUGCCUCCUGCAGGGACUACGUCAACAGCUUUGUGUGCGAGUGUCCACCAGGCUUUGAUGGAAUCCUGUGUGAACACAACAUCCUCGAAUGCACUCAGAGCUCCUGUUUGAAUAAUGGGACUUGCAUUGAUGAGAUCAACACCUUCUCUUGCCGUUGUCGUCCUGGGUUUUACGGAACAUUCUGUGAGAAUGAGCAUAAUGAGUGCGACUCUCAGCCCUGCAAGAACGGAGGCACCUGCACUGAUGGCCUGGGCACCUACCGCUGCACCUGCCCCGUAGGAUACAAUGGACAGAACUGCCAGAACUAUGUGAACCUGUGCAGCCAGGUGCGCUGUCUGAACGGCGGCUCCUGCUCUCAGACAGGAGCAACUUCCUGGACCUGCCACUGUCCGAUGCAAUGGACGGGACUUUACUGUGACGUCCCCAAAGAGUCCUGCCAGGACUUUGCUGCCAAGAAAGGUGUGGAAGUGGAAAAUGUGUGUGAGAAUGCCGGGCGCUGCGUGAAUGUGGGCAAUUCCCACAAGUGUGAGUGCCAGCCAGGAUACACGGGCAGCUACUGUAAAGAGAUGGUGGAUGAAUGCAAGUCAAACCCUUGCCGCAAUGGAGCUACAUGCAAGGACUAUCAGAGCACAUAUGAGUGUAUAUGUAAACCAGGCUAUCAGGGGGUGAACUGUGAGUAUGAUGUUGAUGAAUGCCACUCUAAGCCCUGCCUCAAUGGAGGAACCUGCAUUAACCUCAUCAACCGAUUCACCUGCGCCUGCCCACCUGGAACACAAGGGCUCCAGUGUGAAGUGAACGUGGAUGACUGUGCCCCUAAGCAAGGCUCCUGGGAACCUCGCUGUCUGAAUGGAGGACAGUGUGUGGACGGUGUGGGCCGUUACACAUGCUCCUGCCCUCCAGGAUUCGUUGGAGAACACUGUGAGGGGGAUCUCAACGAGUGCCUGUCCGGACCUUGCCACUCCCCCGGGAGCCUCGACUGUGUGCAGCUGGUCAACGAUUACCAGUGUCGCUGUCGCCUUGGAUACACAGGCCGUCAUUGUGAGUCCAUGGUGGAUCUGUGUCUUUCCAAGCCGUGUCACAACAGUGGCAUCUGCUCUAUGAACAUGAGCUCAGUACAUGGCUACACCUGCUCCUGUUUACCUGGCUUUACUGGAUUCAACUGUGGCGAAAUAGAGGGCUACAGCUGUUUAAAGCUACGAUGCCAGAACGGUGGGCGCUGUGUGGAGACCACAGUUGGUCACCUGUACUGCCAGUGCCAGCCAGGCUUCAGUGGGCCUCACUGUGAGAAUGCGCAGAGGUGUCCGUGGACCUGCCAAAAUGGAGGAACCUGCAUCAAAGACCCAUCCAACCCAUACCAGUACAGCUGCCGCUGUCCCAUGCACUUCUCCGGACGAUACUGUGAGAACAAACUACCCAUCCCAGGCCGUUCAGCCUGCCCUUACCUGCAGUGUGAGCGCCAUUCAGGAGAUAAAGUGUGUGACCAUCAGUGUAACAACCAUGAAUGUCAGUGGGAUGGAGGAGACUGCUCGCUCAACUGGCAGCAGCCGUGGGUUAACUGCACUGCCAGUGUUCCCUGCUGGGAUCUCUUUAAGAAUGGCCGUUGUGAUCGAGAGUGUGACAACCCUGGGUGCCUCUUUGACAGCUUUGAGUGCCAGGAGACCCCAUCGGCCUCUUGCAAAUAUGACAAGUACUGCGCAGACCACUACGGUAACGGUAUCUGUGACCAGAGCUGCUACACGGAGCCUUGUGGCUGGGACGGCCUGGACUGUUCUUCUGACACUCCAGCCAAACUGGUGGAUGGCACAUUGGUUAUCGUGGUCCGGCUGCAGCCUGAGGAGCUGCUUGGAGACUUGAGGGGUUUCUUGCGCUCCCUGGGAGCCCUGCUGCACACCAACCUGCAGGUGAAGCUGGAUGACAAUAAGAAGCCAAUGGUGUACCCUUACUUUGGGGUGGACGAGGAGCAUGGACGACAACUACAGAGGAGCAGAAGCAAGCGGGAGCUGCAGAGGGAGGUUAUUGGAUCUGUGGUGUACCUGGAAAUCGAUAACCGUGAAUGUUCCCAGAGCUCUGUCGACUGUUUCUCCAACGCUGAUGAGGCUGCGUCUUUCAUUGCAGCAGCACACAUCAAGGCUGAACUGCCUUACCCUAUAGUGUCUGUUAACAGUAGUUACCCGUCCAUUCCAUCUAAGACACCGGUCUUACCGUGGCUGGUCGGAAUGGCAGUGGUUAUUAUUCUGCUUAUCCUGGUACUGGGGGUGCUCGCAGCCAAGAGGAAGCAUAAACAUGGUGUCCUGUGGCUGCCUGAUGGCUUCUUGGCCAAUAAAAAUGACAAGAGGAGAGAGCCUGUCGGACAGGAUGACUUUGACAUGAAGAAUUUCAAGACCCAGGAUGGAGCCAUGAUUGAUGGAGGUCAGAGUCAGAGAUGGCUGGAAGACGAGGUCCCAUCCAAGAAACCAAGAACUGAAGACAAACCCUUGCUGCCCAUCGCUAUGGAUGGAAGUGUUGACCGGAGGGAGUGGACCCUGCAGCAUCGCAAGGCCGCUGACAUCACCCUCACUCCCCCACAGGCUGACCUGGAUGCUGACUGUCUGGAUGUUAACGUCAAGGGACCUGAUGGCUUCACCCCAUUGAUGUUGGCAUCGCUGCGUAAUGGUGGAGGCCCAGACUGCAGCCUGCACGGAGAAGAGGAGGAAGAGAGCGGAGGAGAUGAACCAGGACCGAGUGUGAUUUCAGACCUGAUCGCUCAGGGUGCUUCUUUGAUGGCUCAGACUGACCGUACAGGAGAAACAGCGCUCCACCUGGCUGCCCGCUACGCCAGGGCUGAUGCUGCUAAAAGACUGCUGGACGCUGGUGCUGAUCCCAACGCCCACGACAACAUGGGCAGAACUCCGCUGCAUGCUGCCGUGGCGGCUGAUGCCCAGGGAGUCUUCCAGAUUCUGAUCCGUAAUCGUGCAACAGAGCUGGAUGCCCGCAUGAAUGACGGCACUACACCACUGAUCCUGGCAGCCAGGCUCGCUGUGGAGGGCAUGGUGGAAGAGCUGAUCCACUGCCACGCUGACAUCAAUGCUGUAGACGACCACGGGAAAUCUGCUCUGCACUGGGCAGCUGCAGUUAAUAAUGUGGAGGCAACUCUUGUGCUUUUGAAGAAUGGAGCCAACCGUGACAUGCAAGACAAUAAGGAGGAGACGCCGCUGUUUCUUGCAGCCAGAGAAGGCAGCUUUGAGGCGGCUCAGGUUCUCCUUGACCACUACUCCAACCGCGACAUCACUGAUCACCUGGAUCGGUUGCCCCGCGAUACAGCACAAGAACGUAUGCAUCAUGACAUCGUGCGCCUGCUGGACCAGUAUAAUCUGGUUCACAGUCCACACAAUGGGCCUAACCACAUGGGUGGAGGAGGAAAUUCCUCCGUUAUGUGCGGGGCGAAUGGAGCAGGUUUCAUCGGCAUGCGCCCUGGCCCGCAGGGGAAGAAGAGCAGGCGGGGCGGAGGUGGAGCGAAGGUGGGAGGUGUUGGCGGGGGAGCUAAAGAGCUGAAAGACAUGAAGGCAAAGAGAAGAAAGAAGCCUGCUGGAGGAGAGGGGUCAGGCGUGGGUGCUGGAGUGGGAGGAGGAAGUGGAGGAGGUGCAGGAGGAGGGAGCGCGAAUGGCGUCAAGGCAGCAGGAGGACUCCCAGAGAGCUCUGUCACCAUGUCACCUGUCGACUCCCUAGAAUCACCGCACUCGUACACAGGCGACGUGUCUGGCACUGUUUCCACCACAGCAAACUCCCCUCCCCUCCUGAGCAGCCCGACCUCCAGACCAAUGCUGCCCCCCGUCAGCCACAUGCUGGGACAGCAGCAGGGCUGGGUGGGCAUGACCAAGCACGGCUACAGCAGCCACAUGUUCGGCCUCGUACCGCACCAGAUGGGAGGAUCUCACCCUGGCAUGGGCCAACACCACAGCCAGGGCCCGAUGUUGACCCCCAUGAACGUCACAAUGAGCAGAGAGCAGCUGCCACCCAUUGUCACCUUCCAGAUGAUGGCCCCUGGAGGAGGCCAGGCCAUGCUGAAGCAGCCUCAACCAGGGCAGGUACAGGUCUCACAGUCCCAGGGGCAGAACCAGAAUCAGGGUCACUCCCAGCAGGGCCCAGGGCACCUCCACUGCUCCCAGAGUAUGAUGUACCAGAUGCCUGAGCAGAUGAGCAUGGCGCACGGGCUCCCCCACACCCUGCAGCACCCCCACACCGUCAACCACGGAGGCCACGGGGGGAUCGAGGGCCAGUCACGGCCGCUGCCCUCCUAUCCGCCCAUGCAGAGCCCUGUGGAUAAGUACCCCACACCGCCCUCCCAGCACAGUUACACCACCGCCGGCUCAGAGGGCACCACCCCCGGCCACUCUGCCCGCCCACCAAGCGAGCACCCGUAUCUCACCCCUUCACCCGAGUCCCCAGACCCCUGGUCGUCCUCUUCGCCACACUCCAACUCGGACUGGUCUGAUGUCACCACCAGCCCCACCCCUCUGGGGAACCCCCACCAUGCACUGCCGUCUUCACACCACACACACAUUCCAGAGCAGGUGCAGCUGCAGCCACAGUCACAACAGAUGCAGCAGGCCUCUCAACAGCCUCAGCUCGGAAACAUGCAGGUGUUUGCGUAGGCCGGCCAGAGGAAAGCAUAAACAGACUGACUUUGGGGCUCUGUGUAGUUAAAUAACAACACAUAGUAACUCAUACAGUGCUUUUCUCACUUGUCACGUUAAUCCUCCUUGUUUGUUCUUCAUUAUAAUAAUCGGUCACCUCCCCUUCUAUGUUUUCUUCUCUUUUUUGCACUUAAGAAAACUGUGUGUAUAGUCCCUGAAACGUCGUUGAGUAUUAUCAGCUAGAAAGCAAAAGUUCUCAAUACCAAAAAGGAGUGGAGUUGGCUGUCUGUCACGAGCCAAAGUCAGUUUUCCAUGUAGUGCCUUCGAUCCCAGCUGAGCAUCUUCUGCUACGUGUUGGCCAAGACUUUUCUUUUCGGCCCUUGGCACCCAAACACAAACUGUUUAUUGAGUGAUCGUCGAGGAACUGCAGACCAGAUGGCGGCCGGCUGGUAUUGAAUCAGAAAAACAGACUGCUCAGACGGACACUGAGGACACUCUGCAUUGAUAUUGUCUGUUCUGGAGGACAUUGCUAUUUCGUUCUGUUAUAUACUAUCCUUAUUUUGUGUUUAAUGUGAUAAGCCUGCCAAUACUAACUCCUCGUCGAAACCAUUCACUCUACUUUUUUAAUACGAUGGGUCACAUUCAGUUGUUGCUUUAAGUCAGCAAAACUACCUAGUUGUUGCCGUAUUGUUUUUUUUACUCAUGCAUUUUUUUUUAGCGAAAGGGGGAAUUUUAGAAAAUGCUUUUGCAUGACUACAAAGACAAACACCAAGAAAAUUACAGAUUAUAUAGAAAUGCACUCAGAUGCAUCAUUUACUAAAUAGCUCUACUCGGGUUAAGUGUAUUUACUGCAUUGAUUACAACUGAUAUUAGCGUUUCCUAUGAAACAUCUGAACACACAGAAUGUUCAGUAAAUGCAGUUUUUACUUGCACGCUGCAGGUGCAGUGAGAACGCAGUGUAUUACCCGUGUUUUGAAGGUAGUUCCUGUUACAGAAAUACAAAACCGUUGAUUUGAAAACCAAAUCAGAGUUCAUUUGGGUUCAGUUACUCCGUAUCUCGCCACAGACUAUACUUCAUGUGUUGUUGAGGGAUUCAUUCAGAAGCUUGACAAACUUUAUGCAAAUACAUACAUUAGGUUUAGUAUGUUGUAUGAUGAAAUGUACAUAGACUUACAGCACAUUCUGCUUGUUAUUACUGAGCUCGAUUUGGCUGAGAUAUGUUGACUUCUUCUGGGUUUUUUUAUAUGAAUUCUGUUCGCACUUCUUGAAUGAUUCUGAAUGUUACAGAGGUGCAUGUUUUUACCUUUUAAACCACCUCUUUUUAAACCGUUUCUCUUCCAAAAUCAUUUAACCAGUUUUGCCUUUUGCUUAACUACAAUCAGUGUAUCUGUGCACCUUUUUUGAAUUGUCAUGAUUCACAAACCAAGUCUGGAGGUGAGUGAGGUUCAAUAAAGUAUUUUUUGUUUGUCUACCUUCUUAAAGUUGAUGUUGAUCAUGGCUUUGUGUGACUGCUCUGUAAACACAGACAAUCAUUGACUGUUUUAUUUUUGAAAUUUCAAAAAGGAACAUCAGACCAAAUUAUUUUUUUUUCUGCCAAAAAUUUACAUCAUAUCCAUUAUUUUUUGUCAGCUGUUGCCCUCGUUUCAGUUGGUGUUUUAUUGAAGACUUUUGUCAAGUUACACACACAGCACACACAUCCCAUAACAAAAAAUGUCAUUUUGGUUUGAAUUACUGCUGCAAGUGUCUGUGUGAACAAACCAAACCCAGUACCUUUUUCUCUGUACUUGAUAAUGUCCCUGCAGUUUCACAAAACACAAGUGCUGUACAUUGAGGUGUCAGUCAGCAUUUUUAUAAAAGAACUGAGCAUGUCAGUUCCCGUUCAUAUGCAAGGCCAUGUGUCUAUGUUGUGUAUAUAGAAUGUUUUUUAUUGUACUUUCCUGUUAACCAAAUAACCUAUAAUAUACAUGCCAUAUGAAGUAGUUGUCACAAAGUUUGUAUAAGGUAGAACUAAAAACUGAUGAUAAAAUAAGUUGUCUGUUGCAAAAAAACCAAAUGAUCAACCAAAUGUGCUUAUUGAAAUAAAGCCCAGAUCUUCAUAGA